AUGGAAGCGUCAGAAGAAGCCUUUCAGGAGCUAGUCGAGUUCAAUGAAGUGACAUUCACAUCCAAUGAGACAGUGAAUCGGAUCGUUCGGAUUCUCGUGUUCAACUACCUGGUUGAGCAAGAAGAUGGUUUUUUCUAUCCUUCAUUGACCGAUGACACCGGGGGUCUUAGAGAGUCUGACAUCCAACGCGAUAACCGGUCCGGCAUCGUACAAAGCGUUAUGUAUGCUUUGGGAAUCAUUGCUCGUGUUUCGGACCCCAAGGUCUUGGGGAUUGGCUGGAUAAAUACCAGCGAUCAGCUACUCCUAAGGGAAGCCCUGGAAGCCAUGUCCAGGCCCGAGGACCUCGUGGAUAUCGGUGCAUUCAAGUUGUACCUAGAGCAAGAAUGGUGCCUGGCUAUCACCAGUAAGAUUGAACAUUGUGGCCAAAGCGGGGUCAGCCAAGAGGGCGGUGAUAUUGAGGGGGAUAAGAAAGAAAAGAGAAAUUGGGGCAAACAGUUUUUGGGUGAGCUCUAUCCACUGAAGCUAACGCAUCUGCAAAAUGUUUCGAAAGGGUUCUUUCCAGCGGAUAGCGAGAACGUUUGGGGGGCGCAGUAUCAGCAUGCUUUGUGA